UGGCUGCGCCCGCCGCCCGCCCGCGGCCUCCUCAGCGCCGCCGCCGCCUCCCUCGGGCCGGGCCCGGCCGCCCUGCGGGUUCCCGCUCCGCUCUGCGCCGCCUUCCGUGGGUACAGCCAGCAAGUUACAGAUGCCCCGUCCCAGGAAGGUCACCUCUCGGAGCAGGAGCCCGAGUCGCCCAAGGCAGACAACGACAACGUCUUUCUCGUCAGGGCACAAGGAUUCCCCUUCUCCUGCACCGAGGAGGACGUGCUCACCUUCUUUGAUAGCUGUAGAAUUCGAAAUGGUGAGAACGGCAUACACUUCCUCUUAAACAGGGAUGGGAGGCGCAGGGGGGAUGCCCUGAUCGAGCUGGAGUCCAAGGCAGAUGUCCAGAGAGCCCUGGAAAAGCACCUGAGGUACAUGGGCCCACGCUACGUCAAAGUGUUUGAAGUACACGACAGCGAUGUGGAGGGCUUGCUCCGGAGUCUGCGGGAUGAGUCCCAAGCCAUAAACGAUGGAGUUGUGCUGCUCAGAGGCCUUCCCUUCAGCUCCACCGAGGAUGAUAUUGCAGCUUUUUUCUCAGGUUUGAAAAUCACUGACAUAGUUUUCAUUUACCGGGGAGAAAGAAGAACAGGAGAAGCUUUUGUGCAGUUUGCAGCUCCCGAAAUGGCAGCUAAAGCCCUGUUACGGCACCGAGAAUAUAUGGGAAAUAGGUACAUAGAGGUGUACGUCAGUAGGAAGCAUCACAUGCAGAGGCACGUGCCUUACGACAGGCAGAUGGUGACCUCCUACAGGGCGAGGAGAGAACCCGAGUUCAUUUCUGAGGAAAGGGGAUGGAGCAACACAGGAGCCUCUGAUGCUGAAAGAGAAACCAAAUCGUGCAGGGAAGGAACAGAAAGCUCCAGACCCAUUUCAGAAUCCGGGAACGCCUCGUCACCGCUGCACUUUGUCCACGUCAGGGGUUUUCCUACCCAAGCCAGUGCCCAAGACAUCAUAAAUCCUGAACCUCCCCUGGUGCAACACGACAGCGAUGUGGAGGGCUUGCUCCGGAGUCUGCGGGAUGAGUCCCAAGCCAUAAACGAUGGAGUUGUGCUGCUCAGAGGCCUUCCCUUCAGCUCCACCGAGGAUGAUAUUGCAGCUUUUUUCUCAGGUUUGAAAAUCACUGACAUAGUUUUCAUUUACCGGGGAGAAAGAAGAACAGGAGAAGCUUUUGUGCAGUUUGCAGCUCCCGAAAUGGCAGCUAAAGCCCUGUUACGGCACCGAGAAUAUAUGGGAAAUAGGUACAUAGAGGUGUACGUCAGUAGGAAGCAUCACAUGCAGAGGCACGUGCCUUACGACAGGCAGAUGGUGACCUCCUACAGGGCGAGGAGAGAACCCGAGUUCAUUUCUGAGGAAAGGGGAUGGAGCAACACAGGAGCCUCCGAUGCUGAAAGAGAACCCAAAUCGUGCAGGGAAGGAACAGAAAGCUCCAGGCCCAUUUCAGAAUCCGGGAACGCCUCGUCACCGCUGCACUUUGUCCACGUCAGGGGUUUUCCUACCCAAGCUAGUGCCCAAGACAUCAUAAAUUUUUUUGCGCCGCUGAAGCCCACGCGGGUGAUGGUGGAGUACAACUCCCAGGGGGAUGCCACGGGAGAAGCAGAUGUGCAUUUUGAGAGCCGAGAGGACGCAGUCGCUGCCAUGGCCAAGGAGGGGUCACAGCUGCAGUGCGGUGCUGUGGAAUUAUUCCUGAAUGAACAUCCCAAGGAGAAGCAGGACUGCUAGUGACAGUGGCACGCUCUCGGGGUUGGCCAAAGUGAACACAUUCCGUGGGUACGAGCGUAAAGAUCGGGUCGGAGUGUCACUGCUCAGUAACAAAGGAUAAAACUGUAUAAAAUGUAGUUUAACGUUGUGUAAAAGCAUGUAAUAAAUUGUGUUGACCUAC